AUGAGAAUAAAUGAACCUGAUGUUCAAGUAGUUAUUCAUGCUGGAAUUCCAUUAUCAAUGAGUAAUUUGACACAAGAAAGUGGUCGAGCAGGUCGAGAUGGAUUACCUGCAAAAGCAAUUAUAAUGUUUAAUAGAAAAGAUAUUAGAACAGUUAUGAGAGUUUAUUCUGGAGAACACGAUAGUUUAUCACAUAAUGAAGAAAAUAAUGAAAAUAAUGAACCAAUUACUGAUUAUUUUGCAUGGCCUGAAGAUCCGGAAUCUAAAGAAUGUAAUAUUUGUGAUAAUUGCAUUCGACGCAUGGCAGACAAUCCGAUUUAUGGAAAAAAUGUUAAAAGCAAUAGACGAAAUUAUUAA